AAACUCAAUUUGACUCGUGGCUGGAUCGUUCUUGUUCUAUUUUGUUGUGUUUAACAUCGUACUUCUGAAAGUAUCUUCAGCAUCUCGGCGACCUCAGUUCUAUAUGUAUUCACGGUGAUCCAGUAGAUUCGCCUUCGAGGCCAACAUCUACAACAUCUAUAUAUUAUCUCAGCACCAUCGACACAUCCCUCACGGCCAGGACGGGAGAAUACCUCCGACUAGAAGAUGGGUUUGGGCACGAAGAUUGCGGACAAAUUCCGAAAGGAUGCAAAUUGGGUGCGACUUGGAAGAGGUGUGGUUUUGGGAGCAAGAGGAAUCCGUGCAGGCACGGGAAGAUAUCUCAGCAACAAAGUCCCAAUCGUGCAAUGGAUACCAGCAUACGUACCGAAGUGGCUCAUCUCCGAUCUGAUCGCUGGACAGUCGGCAGGAUUGCUGCUCAUACCACAAGCUAUGAUGUACUCAGUACUUGCGGGUGUGUCGAUCCAGCAAGCACUUCUGGCGAGUUGGCUACCUGGCAUCAUAUACACAUUUAUGGGAACGUCCAGAGAUCUCAGUGUCGGACCAACAUCAACGACAGCAAUAUUGACUGGCCAAGUCCUCCUCGGAUUUAAGGAAUUCAAAGUCCCUCCAGUACUCGUUGCAGCGGCGCUAUCAUUUUGUAUAGGCAUUUGGUCUCUGAUAUUUGGCAUAUUUAACCUUGGAUUCAUAUUCGACUUUGUAUCGAUACCCAUGGCGAUUGGAUUUACCAUGGGGAUAUCCUUUGUCGCCAUAACACUACAGAUUCCAACCAUUCUAGGUUUGAUGGGAAUCCCUCCUUCGUUUAUGGCAGUGAUGCCUGCUAUUCUCAAGUCCUUGAGCAAUAUCAAACCGAUUACAGUUGGUAUCGGCGGAACAUCGAUCCUCAUUCUGGCGUUCUUACAAUUCGUUGGUGGCAAAUGGGGCCACAAGAGUGAAGUACUGAGGAUAGUUUGCAACAGCAGGACCAUUUUCGUUCUCCUAAUCUACACACUCAUCAGCUUCCUUCUCAACAAAAAUCUCCAAGAACCUCUGUGGGCAAUUCUAGGACCAAUCAAGACAAACAUCACAACGGCAACUGUACCCAACCUACAGCUUGUCCAGAACUUGUUCCUCUCAAGCGCUAUCCUCUUCGGCUCGAUAUCUAUAGAGCAUGUAGCACUCGCAAAAGCCUUUGGCAACGAGCACGAAUACUCGAUCAAUCAAAGCCAAGAGCUUUUCUCCUUAGGCAUUACCAAUCUCGUCAAUUCCUUCUUUGGUGCACUCCCCGUUGGAGGAGGAGACAUCGCACGAACCUCAGUCCUCGCCGCCUCAGGUGUUCGAAGUCCCCUCGCUGGUCUCUUCACCUCAGCCACCGUCCUAGUCAGCAUGUACGCCCUCUCGCCCUUCCUCCAAUACCUACCUCAAGCCACCGUCUCAGCCGUAAUAAUCGUCGCCAUCAUCUCUAAAAUGCCCCCUCAAGCCAUUAUCAACAAAUACUGGAAACUUUCCUUCGUCGACUUCGUCCAUUUCAUCCUAGCAUUCAACAUCACCAUGCUCGCCACGGCCCUGAUCGGCAUCGGCCUCUCGCUCGGAUUCAUGAUCGCUUACACCCUACUACGAACCAUGUUCUCCCGCCCAUCAGAAGUCAAAGCCAGCGAUCUUGAAACCUCAUACAGCGCCGUCACUCCACCUUGGUGGGCACACAACGAGCGCAUCCCCGCAGGAACACAAGUCGUCCGCUUAGAAACAGACUGCAUGUUCCUCAACGCAGACAGAAUAAAACGACACGUAAUCGACACAGUGCUUACCUACCAAGCCGGCAUCCCUUCUUCGCGAGCGAAGCCAGAGGAUCGGCCGUGGAAUCUGAGGAUGGAUAAACAUAUCCGGGAUCUGAGGAAGAGGGCUGGGGUCAAUAAUGCGGAUACGUUUAUCCCCCGUCUGCGAAUCGUUGUUUUAUAUCUUUCUUCUACGUCUUUUAUUGACAGUUCUGGGAUUGCUGCCUUACAAGCGAUUAAGAAGACUUUGCUGGCGUAUGGAGGCGAGAGUGUCGAGUUCCGCUUCGUAGGUCUUUGUCCUGAUGUCAAGCGGAGGUUUGAGAGAGCGGAAUGGACGCUGGUUAAUCCGUAUGAGGAGAUUGCGCGGAUCGAGAUUUUGGGCGAGGAAGAGAAGGAUAAAGUGGAGGAGAAGAAGGAUUUACUGUUCGAGCACUUGCCGCAUGCGAUUGGGUAUCAGGGAGCGGCGGGGAGAGAACAUGCUACGUUUGAGUUUGAGGCUGUGGAGAUGUAUUCGAAGAGGGCUUAAUGAUUUAUGGAAGAUAAGCAGUCUCUCGCGGGGAGAGAGACGUGCUAUGAUUAUGACAGAAGAUAUGACAGAUCAGUGUUUGUUG